GUAUACAAGCAUUUGUUUGUAUACUUCUUUAUUACGAUUGCGUAUUGUUUCUAUUCUAGGUUUUACGAAAAUCUUCUUUGGCUGUUGUCAGAAUAAAUUAUGUUGUGGCGAAUGUGGAAAUAAAGAAAAAUACGUGAAAAGUUAAAUUUUUAUAAAAUAUCUUCUUAUGAAUUAACUUUGAGUAAGUGAUUGCCAUGGCAUUGAGGAACACUAACAAUUUACAUAAGAAUGACAACGAAUGGAACGACAAUAUUGAUGAGCCCAAUGAGACUGAAGGACAUAACAACCCGGAUGAAAACACUAGUUGUGAUAUAUUUGUCGUCCUCACAGACAUGGUUCGUAAUCAUUAUUGCAAUUACCUUGAAAAGCAAUUGCUGGAAAAUAUAUGUGCUUGGCGCGCAAAUGCGGCGCAAAACAAUGAAAGUGCCAAAUUUGAUUUGGAACUGGAACUCGUAGAAAAAGCUACCUUAAAGAAAUGCUGCCGCCACCUUGAGGAUAAAGCAAUAAAGGCGUGUAUGCAUGCCCGCCGUUACCAGCGUUCUAUGUUAAAAAUAAUAGCUGAAGUACGCCGCAGCACACAAGAAUUUCGUCUCGAAAAUGAAAUAAAACACUUCCUUGUCACCGAGGGAAACAAGUCAAUGUUAAAUAACCAAAGACAAAAAGCGACUCAAACUGAUGUUCAGAUGUUCCGAAACAAUGCCGAUCAGAAUAGUUUAUUAAUAGAACGCAGGUCCACUGAUGUAAACACACCUAGUAGCUUAUCGCUACAACGUAAAAUCGAAGUAUUUCAAGAGCAGUUUAUACAAGCUGGGGAUCCUACUAGUAUAUUGUCAGAAAGCAGACCAAUUGAUACCAGUCAUGGUCGAAACGCAUCGUUACAACACAAAAUUGAAAUGUUUCAAGAGCACCUUAACCAAGCCACAGCAGCCAAGGUAGCGGCGACACAUAAAGUAUCUUCCUCCAAGGUGCUACAAGACUUCACGCCAAUUAACAAUCCACUUUCUAAAAAUCUAAACGAAAAAUAUUGUAAAUCAUUUAAAUUUGAUAACACUUUCCCUAAAGUUUCGGACAUGAGCGUAAAAAAGCAGAAAAUAAAGUCAAGAAGCCCGAAAGUAACAACUGCUGUACGUGAAGUGAGAAUAAAGAGAUCAGAUGUAAAGAAAACCCCGCCACCUAUAAACAAUAUUACCGUACCGGUGCCUAGUGAUCAAAUCAACAAUGUCAACCCUACAUUGCUCAAGAAUGUUGAUAGCAAUGCCGUGGAAGAGGAUGACGAAAUUGCUUUGGAGCUGGCACAGUUAUUUAGCGAAGAGAAGUCUGAAUUGGAAGAACUACUUGGUCUUAAUUCGAAAAGCGAAAUGGAUGAUCCGCAAGUUCGUAGUGUUUUAGAAGAGAUUGAAAACGCAUCAUUGGUGCACGAACUCAAACAAAAGCAAUCUGAAACUCAGCAAAACAGAGAUUAUAAACCCUGCAAACAGAAUCUAUCACCAGUUAAUGAAGACCAUUCAUCAAAUGUAUCCAAAUCCCCCAUACAAAAUUGCCAUAACAAUGAUUUAACCCAGCCACUUCGAUCAACGUCAAGUCAAAUUGAAACGACAGCUUCCAAUUUGCGACACAGUUUAUGGCCUUGUGAAUUGUAUAUGCAACGACGACGUUUAUCAGCAUCAUUAAGUCACUUACUGGAGGAAGACUUUCGAUGGCAUGAUCUCAUCAAAUGGAAAUUUCACACACUUUUCGGUGAAGAUAGCGAAGAUGAAUUUGCGCCAUGCAGCCCUUCUAUCGACUUAGACGAAAUACUCAUUUGCAGUUGCAUCCGGCGCAUAUCUCCAUGGAUGGUAAAGCAUUUAAUGAAACCGAUGCGUGCCGGUCUUAUAGCCAAUCGUUUUUUGUUUAAAAAAUUGGCUAAAAGUUUAGCGCAUUCCAUCAUUUUGGAAAAUCAAUAUCCAAAUGAACGUUUCAUUAAACACGCAGUGGAAGAGUACUUUUGCCUGCAUCAGGCUGUGGUCAGUUUGGAGGAUUUAAUCGAUAUGCCCAAUUUGAGAGCUAUUAAUGAUAAUCCUGAGAGCGCUUACUUAAAGAAAAUAUGAAAACUGUAUUAGCAAAAUUACAAUAACAAAAACAAACAGAAAUGAAAAGAGCUUCAGCGUAAAUAAAACACCCACAGCAUCAAAAGAAUACAAAUAAAGCGGUUCUUUUCGUUAAAAACCGAAGAAUUUGCAAAUUUCAAGAAAAAUCUUUUCGAUUCUUCUAAACAUUUUAUGAA